AUGGAGUCGUCGCGUAUCUUCGUGCGUGGCUUGCCACCUAAAUUCACAGAGGACGAUGUGCGGAAGCAUUUCUCCAAGUAUACCGUCACCGACGUCAAGUUCUUCCCGCACCGGCGCAUAGGCUAUGUGGGAUACAAGACUCCGGAGGAUGCGGCAAAGGCGGUGAAGUACUUCAACAAGUCCUUCAUCCGUAUGAGCAAGAUCUUUGUCGAGAUUGCUAAACCGAUCUCCGACCAUAGUCUUCCCAAAUCACAUAGACAGCGGAAGGAGGAGAAGUCUGGCCCCGCUCAUGUCGACUAUGUGCCACCGCAGCAGGAUAAUAAGCUGAAACGGAAGAGGGUAGACGAAGAGGCGGAAAAGGAUCCCAAGUUGAAGGAAUUCCUCGAAGUCAUGCAAGCCCCUUCAAAGACGAAGACAUGGACGAAUGACGACGCACAGAUGGGGUCUGGAGUCGGUCAGACUGAUACUGUGGUCGAAGCAGUUGUGGUCCCGGAAGGUGAAAGCGAUGACGAGUACCAGGCGAUAGGGAAGAAGGCAAAAACAUCACAUGAGGUGAAGCAGCCUUCUGUUGAAGCCCAGCCUCAGAAACAACCACGACCACCUCCGGAACCAACGGUCGAUAAGUCCAGUGGAUCGGAGGCCUUGUCCAAUUCCAAUAUCACAGCAGCAGCUGAGACUGGACCUGUGUCUGAUGCGGACUGGCUGCGAUCCCGCACAAACCGUGUACUGGAUCUGGUCGAUGAUGACGAGGAGCCAUCUAGACAGGUUCAUGACAGUGCCCCGGCUCCGGGACGAGGCUCCUCCGUGGAGGAGAAAACCGAACUGGCGGAAAUGGAAAUGGUUGAGCAAGAAAAGGAUACGCCCAACGACGUGGAAGAGGCUGUUUCACAACCCUCUGAAGUGGAUAAGAUACGGCAAACUGCGAGACUAUACCUUAGGAAUCUUCACUACGAUAUCACGAGCGACGACCUACAGGAGCAUUUUUCCAAAUACGGACCGCUCGAAGAGGUGCACGUUCCAAUGAAUAAGAGCGACGGCAAAGCGAAAGGUUUCGCCUUCGUUCAGUUCCAGGAUCCUGAGCAUGCCGUUGAAGCUUAUUCCCAGAAUGACGGCACUAUCUUCCAGGGUCGAUUGCUCCACAUCAUACACGCCGAAUCUAAGCGAAACGACAAGCUUGACGAGUUCGCUAUCUCGAAGCUACCGCUCAAAAAGCAGAAAGAAAUCAAGCGGAAAGCGACCGCUGGCGGUUCAACCUUCAACUGGAACUCUCUGUACAUGAAUGCUGAUGCGGUCAUGUCCGUUGUUGCGGAACGGUUGGGCGUCAGCAAAGCGGAUGUGUUGGACCCAACCUCGUCCGACGCAGCUGUCAAGCUGGCCCACGCCGAGACGCACAUUAUCCAGGAGAUCAAAUCUUACUUUGCCCAGCACGGCGUCAAUCUGGAAGCGUUCAAAAAGAGUGCCAAGGGCGACGUCGCUAUCUUGGUGAAGAACAUUCCGCAUGGUGCCAAGUCGGCCGAGAUUCGUGAGCUGUUCGAGAACUACGGUACGGUCUCAAAGUUUCUCAUGCCUCCUGCUGGCAUCACUGCUAUUGUGGAGUUCUCGAACUCCGCGCAAGCCCAGUCAGCCUUCCGGUCGUUGGCAUACAGAAAGAUCAAAGACUCGAUAUUGUAUCUUGAAAAGGCUCCUAAGGACCUGUUCAAGGACGGUGUGACAGUGCCGGCCACGUCACAAUUGGAACCGCUUGCGGCACCAAAUGCCAAGCUUGCCGCCACUGAUCUUCUGCAGGACGCACCAGUGUCACCGGACACGGCGACGCUGUACGUGCGUAACCUGAACUUCUCGACGACCACGGAGCGGCUCUCAGACGCAUUUUCCCAUUUCCCAGGGUUCAGGAGUGCUAGAGUUAAGACCAAGACCGACCCGAAGCGCGGUGUGCUUUCAAUGGGCUUUGGGUUUGUCGAAUUCAAUAAUGCCGAGUCUGCCGCGGCUGCCCUGCGUGCAAUGGAUGGCUACAGCCUUCACGGCCACGCGUUGCAGAUCAAAGUGUCGCACAAGGGUGGUGACGCUGCAGAAGCGCGUCGCAAAGAGGAUCAAUCAAAGAAGGCCGCCAGCACCAAAAUCAUCAUCAAGAACCUGCCGUUCGAAGCUACUAAAAAGGACGUCCAAGCUCUUUUCGCUCCCUACGGACAGCUGCGGUCUGUCAGAGUGCCGAAGAAGUCGGGCCCCUCCUAUUCCUCGCGUGGUUUCGGCUUCGCUGAGUUCAUCACGCAGCGAGACGCAGCGAAUGCCAUGGACUCUCUGCGCAACACGCAUUUACUCGGCCGCCGUCUCGUUCUAGCGUUCGCAGAGGUUGAGAGUGAGGACCCAGAGAAGGAGCUCGAGAAGAUGCAGCAGAAGGUUGAAGCGCAGACCAACAAGGUUGCACUUCAACGGCUCACUGGUGGUGGGCGCAAGAAAUUUAACGUCGCAGGGAACGACGAUCUAGAUGAAGCGUGA